UGACGCGGGCGCGCCCUGAUGACGCACAUCCGGGCCCGGUAGCGGCGGGGCCAGCUCCGCUCCGAGCGCCGCCAUGGGUGGGGGCGACCUGAACCUGAAGAAGAGCUGGCACCCGCAGACCCUCCGCAAUGUGGAGAAGGUGUGGAAGGCCGAGCAGAAGCAUGAGGCCGAGCGGAGGAAGAUCGAGGAGCUGCAGAGGGAGCUGCAGGAGGAGCGGGCGCGGGAGGAGAUGCAGCGAUACGCCGAGGACAUGGGCACCGUCCGGAAGAGAGAAGAGAAGCUGGAGUGGAUGUACCAGGGUCCUGGGGGCAUGGUGAACAGAGAGGAGUACCUGAUGGGUCGCCCUGUGGACAAAUUCAUCUUUGAGAAGAUAGAAGAGAAGGAUGCAGGCUGCUCCAGUGAGACAGGACUUCUGCCAGGCUCCAUCUUUGCCAAGUCAGGUGCCAAUUCUGUCCUGGAUAUGGCCAACAAGAUCCGGGAGGAUCCACUCUUCAUGAUAAGAAAGAAGGAGGAGGAGAAGAGGAGAGAAGUUCUCAACAACCCUGUUAAAAUGAAGAAGAUCAAAGCUCUGCUGCAAAACAGUUUAGAGAAGAAGGAGAAGAAGAAGAAGAAGGAGAAGAAGAAGAAGCACAAAAAGCAUCGGCGGCGCAGCUCCAGCAGUGGCAGUGACAGCAGUGAGGAGGAAAGAGGCAAAAAUAAGACUCAGAAGAGGGAGAACAGUUCCUCUUGGAAAUCUGCUCCUUCCAAAGUCCCAGGAUAUGGCUUACAAGUCAGAGACUCUGAGCAGAGCCACAGGUCCAGGAGCUCUCCAGCUGCCAACCACAGGCACCGGCAGCGCUCCAGGUCCAGGAGCCAGUCCCAGUCCCGUUCUCCUCAGAGACAUUCCAGCAAGAAGAGCUCAGAACAGUCUGGAUGCAGGGGGUCAAGAUCUCCUUCCAGGCACAGCAAACAGCACAGCAGUAGGGAGGAGAAGGGCAGAGCCAGAAGCCCUUCCCCCAGGAGGAGCUAUCGCCGGCAGCACACCACAGGCUACACCAGAAAGAUCUCCCCAGAGGAACUGGAGAGGAAACGUCAGGAGAUGAUGGAAAAUGCCAAGUGGAGGGAAGAGGAGAGAGCAAACAACCUCAGAAAGCAUCAAAAGGAGGAGGAGAUGGAGAAGGAGCUGCAGAAACUGGACACCAGAGAUGGGAAGUUCUUCAAUCGGCUGAAGCUGGAGAGUGCCUCCUCUUCCAGCCUUGAGGACCGAGUGAAGCGCAACAUCCACUCCCUGCAGAGGACUCCUGCUGCCCUGGAGAAGAACUUUAUGCAGAGAUGAACUUCUGAGUGUGGCAGAAGUUUGGUUUGUUUGUUUUUCCAAUGGAUUCUUAUUCCCAAAGGUGAGAAACCUCCAGCCACAGGCCCUGCUCUCUCUCCUCAGGAGCACUCAACCCUCCCUCCUACGCAGCUGCUGGAUUUCAGCUCACUUCAACCUUCUUGGAUGCUCCUGGCACUUGGGGAACAGUUGCUGAGUGUGAGCAAAGCUUUGCUGGAGAACUCCUCAGGCCUUUGUAUCCCCUUUUUUAACAUCUUGCCAGGCCUUUUUCCUUCUUUCUUCACCUUCAAGAUUGGGAGCAUCAUUAUUUGUGUGGUGUUACCCAGGUUAUGCCAGCUGGUAGCUGCUUGCUGCACAGGGCAGAUUGUCUGAGCUCUUUAUGGGGCAGAAUUUAAUCCCUGGCUUUGUUCACCCCUCAGAUUCAGAGCAGAACCCACUCACUUGUGAGUUAAAUUCCUGGAUUGGGAUAAAACCCAAACAAGCAACACCAAAUCCUGUUGAUUUUUGACAUCCUUCUCUCUCUCCCCACCUUGAGGAGUAUCAUUUUUGUGUGUUCUUACCCAGGUAAUGCCAGGUGGUUGCUGCACUGAGGUAGGUUGAGCUCCUCAGGUAACAACAUUUAACUCUUUCUUUUGUCUGAGCUCUUUAUGGGGCAGAAUUUAAUCCCUGGCUUUGUUCAGCCCUUAAAUUCAGAGCAGAACCCACUCACAUGUGGCUUAAAUUGAUGGAUUGGGAUAAAACCCAAACAAGCAACACCAAAACCUGUUGAUUUUUGACAUCCUUCUCUCUCUCCCCACCUUGAGGAGUAUCAUUUUUGUGUGUUCUUACCCAGGUAAUGCCAAGUGGUUGCUGAUUGCUGCACUGAGUAGGUUGUUUAAGCUCCUCAGGUGACAGCAUUUAACUCUUUCUUUUGUCUGAGCUCUUUAUGUGGCAGAAUUUAAUCCCUGGCUUUGUUCAGCCCUCAAAUUCAGAGCAGAACCAACUCAACCUGUGGGUUAAUAGCAUGGAAAUAGGAUAAAAAGCUACACAAGCAACACCAAAUCCUGUUGAAUGCUGGCACCACUUGAGCUGUGGCUUUGGAGGGUGAUGUUAAGACAAGAGAACUAAAACUCCUGUAGCCAUGAUUUGGUUGCUCACAGAUUUGAAGUAGUUUGACCCAAAGGGAGCUGCUGUCAGGGGGGGGAGGGGGGGAAGGAAAUGAGCAGAGUGUAGCUGGUACAGCAGAUGCUUCUCUGGGAUUUUGUAAUGUAAGUAAUGUGUAUUUGUACAGAGACACAGAGCUUUUUUAUUGGAGAAAAGACACUUUUACUCUCA